CUGCCGGUUGAAGUCAUCUGACGUCAUUAAUGUGUGGUGUGUAUUUGCUAUCGCGAAAGUGUAACACGUUGUUCAAGAAAAAUCAUCGUACGUGGCUUACCGAAAACAAAAUAAACAAGAAUGGCACCGAAAAAAGUAGAGGAACCAGAAAGAAAGCCACUCAUAGGACGUGUAGGGACUAAUUUAAAAGUUGGUAUUGUUGGAAUGCCAAACGUCGGGAAGUCUACCUUCUUCAAUGUUCUUACCAAAAGUCAGGCGGCGGCGGAGAACUUUCCUUUCUGCACCAUCGAUCCGAAUGAAAGUCGUGUACCAGUACCCGACGCAAGGUACGACUAUUUAUGUGAAUACUUCAAACCGGCCAGCAAAGUCCCAGCAUUUUUAAACGUAGUGGAUAUCGCUGGUCUAGUAAAAGGUGCUGCCGAAGGACAGGGUUUAGGAAAUGCUUUUCUUUCUCACAUUAGUGCCUGCGACGGAAUUUUUCAUCUUUGCCGAGCUUUCGAAGACGACGAUGUUACUCACGUAGAAGGUGACGUUAAUCCAGUACGAGAUCUGAAUAUUAUUAGCGAAGAAUUACGACUGAAGGACGUCGAAUUUCUGAAUGGUCAUCUUGAGAAAUUGGAAAAAUUGGUUGUUCGCGGUAACGACAAGAAGUUGAAACCAGAAUACGAUACACUUUUAAAAGUUAAAGGUGGUUUGGUAGACGACAAGAAGCAUAUCAGGUUCGCCGAUUGGAGCGCAAAUGACAUCGAGGUACUCAACAAAUAUCUCUUCCUCACGUCGAAACCAGUUAUUUAUCUGGUUAAUCUUUCGGAAAAGGAUUACAUUCGUAAAAAGAACAAAUGGUUAGUCAAGAUCAAAGAAUGGGUGGAUAAGAAUGAUCCAGGAUCUGUGCUGAUUCCUUUCAGCGGUGCAUUUGAAAAUAAAAUCUUCGACAUGGAAGAACCGGAACGAGUUAAAUAUUUCGAGGAAAACAAAGUGACCAGUGCCCUAGACAAGAUCAUCGUCCAAGGCUACAAAGCAUUGCAAUUACAGUACUUUUUUACUGCCGGUCAUGACGAAGUUAAAGCAUGGACUAUUCAGAAAGGUACAAAGGCGCCUCAAGCCGCUGGAAGAAUUCACACUGACUUCGAGAAAGGUUUUAUAAUGGCUGAAGUUAUGAAAUUUGAAGACUUUAAAAAUGAAGGCUCGGAGGCUGGAGUGAAGGCUGCUGGAAAGUACAGACAGCAGGGACGUAAUUACGUCGUCGAGGAUGGUGACAUAAUCUUUUUCAAAUUCAACGCUGGUGCUGGACUGAAGGACGCGAAGAAGAAGUGAUGGCACGCGUUCCUCAUGUUGUUGCUCGUUUUUUUGUACAUCAACAUGAUACUGCUCUCCUGUUGCAUGCAUCCACCUCAUGGCAAUCAUUCUCAACCGCUUUCCCGUGCUCCCUGAUUUCAUCUUAAUUUUUCCCCUUUCAAUAUAUACGUUUAACUUUAAAUACCGUCGAUGAAAAAAAAUCUCAUACGAACAAUGUGAAUAUUUUUUUAUUGAUCGUCUAUCGAAUUUUUGCUAUACAAAAGGGACUCGUUAUUUCUGUCAUUUUUAAAAGCAAAUGAAAUGAAAUGGAAAAAAUGAAAAUGAGUAUCAUCGCCAUUAACAUUAGCAUUUUUUUUUUAUCGAGUGUGUAACUUUUGUUUACAUCAUGCACGAUUCUAUCUGUAAAAAUUUAACUUUUUCAAGUUCUUGUCUAUGUAAAUAAAUAGCCUCGUCUCUUUGUAUAGCACGCUGUGUGCUUAUGUUAGAAGAACUUGUGUAUAAUGUUUACUGUAUCUUUCUCUUCAAAGAUAUAACAUUUCAAAGAGACAAGAUAAUUUUUGUACAAGUCGUUUCUCAAAAGAAAUGAUUGUAUAUGUGAAACGGAAAGAAAGAAAGCUUAAAAGAUGAGAGCCUUAAAAAUAGCUCACAUCAAUUUGAGCAUUUAUCAACUCAACAUUUCUCUGUAUUUAUUCUACAAAUGUUCAAUAAAUCAACGUAGAUAAAUAAUAAAAAGCUAAGAAAACUAU